UUUCAGUUCAGCUAUAAGCAGGGAACAAUCUAGCAACCACGUUCCAAUUUCCUCCAAGCAUUCACCCAUUACUUCGUGCCACAUAUAUUGAGCCUGCAGAAAUCAACCAUAAUUUAUUGAGUGAGACUAUUAUUCAUUAUUCAGUCGUGAAAUAAAAGUCACCACUUACAGUGUGCGCAUUUGCAAACCUAUAAACGGCUUGCAGCCUUUCAACACUAGUCUUAACUCACUACAGGUAUCCCUUACCAUUUUAUUUUGUAGCACUGCAAAACGAGUUGUACUCAAUAAAACUGAGCUUUAAUAAGAACAUCAUUCAACAGUCAUUUUACAGUUCUGACAUCAGAAGAACUAAAUUUUUGUUCUUUCAAACUCAACGGACCACGACAAAAUCCCCAUUUGGACCUCGUUAGAGACCCCAUACUGACACAUUUCCCUACUUCGUUACACUAUUCAAGGAGCUUCUCGUAGCUUGAAUACCUGACAGAUAUAAGACAAAUUAAGACUUAGUAUUCAAGUUAAGACUUAGCUAUACAUCUUAAGAGAUAAUUAUCAAAGUUCAAUUCAAGUUGAAACCUGAUCUCGAAGAGCCCCAUAUUGUAGAUACGACUAGUCAGCUAGGCAAACAUACAACAAUUCGAGUUAUUUAUCUUGAAUCUCAGUUUACCAUUUAACUCGAAUAUCGUGUUGAAACUUUGUUUAGGUAACACUACGGCCAGUAUUGUUUCAUCUUUGAGCUAGACAGCAGUUAACUUCAGAGUCGCGUUUUCAACGGUACGACAAAAUGACCAGUCUUAAAUUUCUCUCAUUUAUCGCCAUCUCCCUUCUCGUUUUAUCAGUCGUCUCAUCCAAGAAAAAGGAUACUAUAAGUGAUGACACAAACGGGGAUGCAAGCGAACCAUCGUCCAAAGGAGGCGACAACAACAAAUUCUACAGGAAAAGAGAUAUGCAGAGAAUGGCUGAGUUAAUGGGUCAGAUAUCGGAGCUGCAGCAGAAACUGUCGGAUGAGCACGCCUUCUUGAGUGAACUCAUGCUCAGCUCACUGUCCAUACCCAAGCCACAACUGCCCAAACUGGACAACAACGACAUCCUGACAUCUGCUCGAAACAUGACGAAGAUGUUGGGGAAAUUCUAUGCAAAAAACACUUUGACUGGACGUCCACAAAGGAUGGUGGAAAAACGCCUCAUCAAAAUGGUAAAAAUAGCCGAGGAUGAAGAAUAAAUUCAAAAGAGAGAUGCAGCAGUAGCAGACGAACUCUUUUCAUUUGAAAAUGCAUGCCUAAUUAGAUACCGUUACCUGAACUAACUUAGACGUCAUGUAAUUUAUAAGCACGUAAUAUCACCUUUCAUUGCUAUUAAACUUAAGUAGUACAAUAUUAACCUGUGCAGUAUUUGAGAUUUCACAGGAUAUAUGUUUGAAAAAAUUGGGUAAAAUUUAACGAGUGCGCUUGG